UUUGCCUCUCCAGUGGCAACCUCUGGGACCAUCUUCUGGGCCAGCCCCUGUUUCCGGGACCAGUUAACACCGUUUUAUGUAGUUAGCUUCUCAUUGUCAACCAACCAUGAGCUCCCAGAUCUGUCAGAAUUAUUCUGCCAAUGUGGAGGCCUCUGUCAGCCACCUGGUCAACCUGCAUCUGUGGGCCUCCCACACCUACUUAUCUCUGGGCUUCUAUUUCAGCCACGACGAGGUAGCCCUGAAGGGUGUGGACCACUUCUUCCAUGAGUUGGCGAAGGAGAUGCACGAGGGCACUGAGCAUCUCUUGAAGAUGCAAAACCAGCCCAGUGGCCAUGCCCUCUUCCAGGACAUGCAGAAGCUAUCCCAAGAUGAGUGGGAUAAUACCCUGGAAGCCAUGGGAGCAUCCCUGGUCUUGGAGAAGAGCCUGAACCAGGCCAUUUUGGAUCUGCAUGCCUUGGGUUCUGACAACACAGACCCUCAUCUCUGUGACUUCCUAAAGAACCAUUUCCUAGAUGAGGAGGUAAAACUCAUCAAGAAGAUCGGCAAUCACCUGACCAACCUCUGCAGGCUGGUGGGCCCACAGGCUGGACUGCACAAGUAUCUCUUCAAAAGGCUCAUCUUCAAGCACAACUAG